AUGGCGCAAGUAAUUUCAGAUCUCAUAUACUGGCUGGGCAAUUGCAUGGUCUGCUUCCCUGGCUCGCCCACCCUCAAGAUCAAUAACCGGAGUUUCAAAAUCUUGCGCUUACUAGGAGAAGGCGGCUUCUCCUACGUCUACCUAGUCCAAGACACAUCCACAAGCGAACUGCUCGCCCUCAAAAAGAUCCGAUGCCCGUUCGGUCAAGAAUCCGUCGCCCAAGCCAUGCACGAAGUAGAAGCCUACAAGCUGUUCGGCAACACGCCAGGAAUCAUUCACCACGUCGACUACAGCAUCGCCACGGAACGCGGCGGCGAAGGGCAGGACAAGACUGUCUACGUUCUGUUGCCGUAUUACAGGCGCGGCAACUUGCAGGAUAUGAUCAACGCGAACUUGGUGAACCAUACGCGCUUCCCGGAGAAGAGGCUCAUGAUGCUGUUCCUGGGAGUGUGCAAGGCGCUAAGAGGAAUGCACAAAUACAAAGGUGGUGGAGGGGACACGAGCGGGGAGUCAAUGGAGGUUCCGGGGGCAGGGAAACGGAAAUCAAAGACCAGGCAGACAGCGGUGGGAGGUGCAGAUGAGGAUGAUGAGACGGAGCAGCAAGUACCGCUGAUCGAGGACGAGGGACGCUUGCCUGGCGCGAACGAGACGAGGAGUUAUGCGCAUAGGGAUAUCAAGCCUGGCAACAUCAUGAUCUCCGACUCCGGCCGCGACCCAAUCCUUAUGGACCUCGGCUCCAUUGCUGUCUCUCCUCUUCCCAUCACAUCCCGUUCCCUCGCCAUAGCCACCCAGGAUACGGCAGCCGAACACUCUACCAUGCCUUACCGCGCUCCCGAACUCUUUGAUGUCAAGACCGGCACUGUUAUCGACACCAAGGUGGACAUCUGGUCGCUCGGCUGUACCCUCUACGCCUGCCUGGUUGGCAAGUCGCCCUUUGAGAUGCGCAGUGACGAAACCGGUGGCAGCUUGAGCAUUUGUGUGCUGAGCGGUGACUGGAGAUUCCCUGACGAGGGGCCUGGGCAGACCAAGGGCAAGGGCAAGGCAGGCGCGGGAGGAGGUGCUGGAGGUGACAAUACGGCAACCAACAAGGACGACGAGAACUACAUCAGUGAGCCGAUAAGGGAUGUGGUGAGGAGGUGCUUGAGGGUCGAACCCGCAGAAAGGCCAGAUAUCGAUGAGCUGAUCGAGCUGGUAGAAAGAGUGGUGGAUGAGUUGCCUGAGGAUACUGCUUAA